UGUCUUGAUAAUCUCUGCAUCUUUCUAUCUUCAUCUGAUUUUGCUUGGGACGCGCAGGUGCUGGGGAGCAGGAUGGGGUGGCUAAUAGGAACCUAAGCCACGGUAGGGAGGAGUCGGGGUGUCAAAAUGGAUGUUAUGUUCCAUGCGCUGGCUAAAGCUGCAUCUUUGCUGUUCACAGGAGCUGACGAUGUGGGAGCAUGUCGCCAGUCCUACCUAGGUACUAUCUGGAUUCCUUACAGUUCUACUAGGGACUAUGGCUUUGUCUACACAAUAGGGUUCAGAAACUUGGCUGGGCAAGAUCGAUUAGGCCGGCUGCUAUGGCCGUUGGAGGUUGUCAUUUAUUUCGUCUACAUAUUGUAUUUCUUCCUCUCAUUGAACUACCCUCUCAUGAUUGAUAGGUAAUUCUUUAGACAUCAACUCUCCCUGCUUUUCACAUUAUGUCUUGCAUACUAGAUCAAUAUAGGAUGCUCAAGAAGUACU